AUGCUCCUUUUACUUCUCCUUCUCUCUCCUUCUCCUUCUCCUGCUCCUGCUUCUGCUCCUGCUUCUUCUCCUGCUCCUGCUCCUGCUCCUUCUCCUUCUACUGCUUCUGCUCCAAUUUCUUCUCCUGCUCCUUUUCCUUCUCCUUCUCCCGCUCCUGCUCCUUCUCCUUAUCCUUCUGCUGCUCCUGCUCCGUCUCCUACUCCUUCUCCUUCUCAAUCUCCUUCUUCAGCUCUGUCUCCUCCUUCUCCUGCUUCUGCUCCCGCUUCUGCUCCUGCUUCUGCUAUUUCUCCUUCUCCUUCUCCCGCUCCGUUUCCUACUUCUCUGUGUCCUCCUUCUCCUGCUCCUGCUCCAACUCCUGCUCCUCCUCCUGCUCCUGCCCCUUCUCCUUUUCGUUCUCCUUUUCCUUCUCCUUCUCUUUUCCCUUCUCCUACUCCUGCUUCGUCUACUGCUUCUUCUCCUUCUCCAGCUCUGUCUCCUCCUUCUGCAGCUCCUGCUUCUGCUCCUGCUGCUUCUCCUUCUCCUCCUCCUGCUCCUGCUCUUCUGUCUCCUCCUUCUCCUUCUCCUUCUCCUGCUCCUGCUCGUGCUCCUACUGCUGCAUCUGCUUCUGCUCCUGCUCCUGCUCCUCCUCCGUCUCCUUCUCCCGCUCCGUCUCGUCCUUCUCCGGCUCUUGCUCCUGCUCCUGCUCCGGCUCCUACACCUGCUCCUUCUCCUUGUCCUUCUCCUUCUCCUUCUCCUUCUCCCGCUACUGCUUCUUCUCUUGCUCCUCCUCCUGCUCCUACUCCUCCUGCUCCUGCUCCGUCUCCUGCUCCUUCUCCUUCUCCAGCUCUGUCUCCUCCUUCUCCUGCUCCUUCUCCUUCUCCUGCUCCUGCUCCACCUCCAGCUCCUUCUCCUGCUCCUUCUCCUUCUCCUUAUCCUUUUCCUUCUCCUUCUCUUUGUCCUUCUCCUGCUUCUUCUGCUUUUUCUUCUCCUGCUCCUGCUCCUGCUUGUGUUCCUGCUCCUGCUCCUGCUCCUGGUCCUACUCCUGGUCCUACUCCUGCUCCUGGUCCAGUUCCUGCUCCUGCUCCUGCUCAUGCUCCUGCUCCUACUCCUACUCCUGCUCCUGCUCAUGCUCCUGCUCCUGCUCUGGCUCCUUCUCCUUCUCCUUCUCCCCCUUCUUCACUUGCUCCUGCUCCUCCUUCUCCUUCUCCUUCUCCCGCUUCUUCACCUACUCCUGCUCCUGCUCCUGUUCUUGCUCCUGCUCCUGUUCUUGCUCCUGCUCCUCCUCCUACUCUUGCUCCUUCUCCUUCUCCAGCUCUGUCUCCUCCUUCUCCUGCUCCUUCUCCUUCUCCUGCACCUGCUCCAGCUCCUGCUCCUGCCCCUUCUCCUUUUCCUUAUCCUUUUCCUUCUCCUUCCCUUUGUCCUUCUCCUGCUUCUUCUGCUUUUUCUUUUCCGGCUCCUGCUCCUGCUCGUGCUCCAGGUCCAGUUCCUGCUCCUGCUCUUGCUCCUGCUCAUGCUCCUGGUCCUACUCCUGCUCCUGUUCCUGCUCCUGCUCUUGCUCUUGCUCCUGCUCCUACUCCUGCUCUUCUUCUAGUUCCUGCUCCUGCUCAUGCUCAUGCUCCUGCUUUUGCUCAUGCUCCUGCUCCUUCUCCUUCUCCUUCUCCUGCUCCUUCUCCCGCUCCCGCUCCGUCUCCUUCUUCUCCUGCUCCUUCUCCUUCUCCUUCACUUGCUCCUGCACCUGCUCCUGCUUCCGCUCCCGCUCCUGCUCCUGCUCUUUCUCCUUCUCCUUCUCCCAUACUGUCUCCUCGUUCUCCUACUCCUGCUCCUGCUCCUACUCCUUUUCCUUCUCCCGCUCCUGCUCCUUCUCCUUCUCCUACUCCUGCUUCUGCUCCUGCUCCUGCUCCUACUCUGGCUUCUUCUCCUGCUCCUCCUUUUCCUGCUCCUCCUCCUCCUGCUCCUUUUCCUUCUCCUUCUCCUUCUCCUUCUCUUGCUUUUGCUCCUGCUCCUUUUCCUUCUGCUGCUCCUGCUCCUGCUCCUGCUCCUACAUCUGCUCCUGCUCCUACUCCGACUCCUGCUCCUUCUCCUUGUCCUUGUCUUUCUCCUUCUCCUUCUCCUUCUCCUGCUUCUGCUCCUUCUCCUGUUCCUCCUGCUCCUGCUCCUGCUCCUUUUCCUUCUCCUUCUCUCCUAGAUAACCAGAACAAGGAAAUUUCUUCGGACACGACUCGAAGUUAUCAGACUUAUUGGUUUUGUCCUUCAGACGCAGCUAAUGGACGCUGGUCCUUCACACGCAGCUAUUGGACCUAA